AUGGUUAGCGCUUAUAGCUUGGAUGGAGUGCUUACCGUUGGAUUGCUCCUAAUAUGCACCUGUGCAUACAUGAGAAGGGUGACCAAAUUACGGAAUUGGCUAUUUUCGGAAAACAAAGGAUUUUGGGGCAUUUUGUACAAGGCCGCCGUUAUUGGGAUCCGGUUACACAUUUUAGUUUCUCUUUCCUGUUUUUCUAUGGCCUGCUAUGUCUUACUUUUCCGUUAA